AGCACCUUCAUUCUUUCCUGAGAGUCCUGGGAACACAGGGAUGAUGGCACUCUGGGUUUUUGUUUUUAUAAUUCUGGUGUCUUCUGUCCUGGUAGUUCUGUAUGCGCUGGGAGUCUUGCGGCAGAGAAGAGCCAGAGAGCCCCCUCUGGACAAAGGCCCCAUCCCCUGGUUUGGUUAUACCUGGCACUUAUCUAAGGAUGCUUCCAGUUUCUUGAAGAAGAUGCACAGGCGUUAUGGGAACAUCUUCACUAUUCUGCUUGGUGGCAAGUACGUCACCUUUGUUACAGACCCCUUAUCCUUUGAUGCUAUCCUGAAAGAGAACAGGAGCAAGCUGGACUUUUCCAACUUUGCUUCUCAGUUGGUGUUCAAGAUCUUUGAGUUCCAAGGACCAAAACAAUACCAAAAGGUACUUAAAAGUCACAGCACCAAGUACUUGAUGGGUAGCAGUUUAGCUGUGAUGACUCAGGCCAUGAUGGAUAACCUACAGGUCCUGUUGCUGGAACUUGAUGCUGAUAUGAAACCUGGACUCCAGGAGUGGAAGCAGGAUGGGCUACUUGAACACUGCUACAACAUUGUCUUUAGAGCUGGUUACCUGGCCUUGUUUGGGAGUUUACCCACUAAUGGCAAGUCAGGACACAUUCAGGACUUGCUUAGAUCCCAGAAAGUCUUUGAGGAAUUCAGGAAAUUUGACAGACUCUUUCCUCGAGCAUUUUUAUCUGCACUUCUGCCUAACGAGAAGCAAGAAAUGAAGAGGCUCAGACGCUUCUUCUGGGACAUUCUCGCUCCACAGAAGAUCCUGGAGAAGGAUAAUGUGAGUCCAUGGAUCUAUUUCUCUCAGCAACAGCUAGCUGACAGUGGAGUGUCUGACAUAGGACAGAGUCAAAAUAACCUGAUACUGCUCUGGGCUUCCCAGGGCAACACAGGCAUUGUGUCCUUCUGGGCUCUCCUCUUCCUCCUGAAGAAUCCCGAGGCUCUGAAGGCUGUGAGAGAGGAGGCAGAAGGAAUCCUCAGGAAAAUGGGGAAGGAGAGGAGACCAGGUGGGGUGCCCAUCCAAGUUGAGUAUAGCAUGCUGCAACAGACCCCAGUGCUGGAUAGUGUCAUGGAGGAGACAUUACGCCUGGUGGUUGCCCCUUUCCUGACCAGAUCUGUCAUGCAGGAUAUGAUCUUGAAAAUGGAUGAUGGCAGAGAGUAUGCCCUCCGCAAGGGAGAUGAAGUUUGCGUCUUCCCCUACCUUUUCCUCCAUAUGGACCCAGAAAUCUACCCAGACCCCACCACAUUCAAAUAUGAUCGUUUCCUGAACCUCGAUGGCAGUCAAAAGGUAGAUUUCUACAAGCAAGGGAGGAGGAUCAAAUCCUACAUGUUGCCAUGGGGUGCUGGCCCUUCCCUCUGUCCUGGGAGGUUCUUUGCCCUCAAUGAGAUGAAGAUGUUUGUCUUCUUGAUGGUUACACAGUAUGAUAUAGAGUUAGUUGAUCAAGAGGUAGAGAUCCCUCCAAUAAACGUGAAGCGAUGGGGAAUCGGUGCCAUGCAGCCAAUAUAUGAUGUCCAGUUCCGAUAUCGGAUGCGCUUCUAGAUUGAAGGUGAAAACUUUUGCAUAAGCUCAGGGAUGCAGUGGGGUACAGUUGCUACUUCCCUUUUCAAAUCACCUAUUAAUUCCCCAGAAUCUCUUCCCUUUUAACAUGGAUCUUGUCCUUGUUAUCUUGGUGAAACUACUCAUCAAGCAGCUUUUGGAUGAUUUGGUAGGAGUCAAUGCAGUCUUUGGGUGAGAGGCAGUGUGGUAGGCUGGAAAGAGCCCUGGGUUUGGAGUCCCACAUUUUGGGUUUGGUCCCCCUCUUCUGCUUAGUUGCUGUAGGACUUUUAGUAGGUUGCAGUCUCACUCAGAGCCUCAAUUUCUUUAUGGGUCAAAUGAGACAUUUGGAAUGAGAUGAUGUAUAUAAAGUAUCUCUAACAUUCUAACUCCAGUGCUGUAAGUUCCCUUCCAGCUCGGGAAUUUUACAUCAUAUAUGUUUCCUUGCUGGUAUGAGAAUAUGCUGACUUGUUGGCAGGAAUAGUAUGCCAGCCAUCUUGGAAGUUUUUUUAUAACUUGGUAUUACAUGAAUCAAUUGACAUCUUGGUUUCUUAAUUUUUUUUAUUUAUAGAGUCUCAAUUUAAUUAUAGAGUCUCAAGCUUCUAUAGCCCCUGAAUGAAAGGAUAAAAUUGAGUUUCUGAACUUGCUGUGAAUCUGUGUAGUUCCCCUCCCCUCCAAAGUCCUAUCCUGAGCAACUGUCACUUUCUUCACCUGUAAAAUAGGAGUAAACCUCACCUCCUCUAGGUAGAGAAUGAUGCUUUUAGAGAGUAGCUAGUGUGAAGGGGGUGGUGGGGCAAUGUUUUUCUCUCCUGCUGGUUAGUUUGGCUCUUUAUACAACUUAAGGAAAACCAUGGACUGUGAAUGACUUGGUCCUUUUCCUAAGCCAGUCUAGAGGAUUGUUCAUAACAUAAAUGGAUUUGACUCAGUUUACCUUAAUUAUAUUAUAUUAUAUUUACUUGUCAGAGUCAAAUGAUGGUAACCCAAGGAGGUUAAAAAUGGUUGGGAUAUAGGAAAAUCAGGGAUGGUCUCUGCCCUAAUUCAUCUCCUUAUCUAGGACAGGAGUAAGUUAGCUAUACAUGACUAUUAAUGUAUCUCCUUUUUCUCCCUUAUCUGGAAAUGACCCAUUUUAUACUUCCCUAGAGACAAAAAAGGCUAAAGGAAGGUAGAGAUGGGCUUUUCAGAGCUAGUAAACCCUUAAAAAGUAGAGCUAAGGCAGAGACUUCAAAGGUAGAAUGGUGCUGGACCAUGGAGACCCUCGAAAACUAAGGAAUAGAAUUUGAACUUUGUAUCAGGCAAAGUCCAAGGACCUCUAUAGAGCAAAGCUCUGGAGGACAUAGACCCUUAGUAAAAGCAAGGCAUAACUCAGCUGAAGUUAAACAUGUAGCCCCACCACCCCUCCUUUUCACCCCUCCUGCUGUGACUGAAUAUUCUUACAAAACUACUGAUGUAUGCUGGGAAUCUGGGUUAGAUGGUUACAUAUUGACAUAUCAGUAUAUUAGCCUAUGGAAUAGUCUGUCUAGAUUUGAUGAGGUAAACCAAAUCCAUUGUAUGACCUUGUAAAACAUUAGUUGAUCAUUAUGUUUCAUCGUGUAUGUGAAAACUUACCUAAACUCUUAGCUUGCUUUCCCUCCAUAUAAAAGUAGAUGUAACUUUCAAUAAAGUGCUUCUGUUUGCUAUAA